GAAUAAAGAGAGUUAAAAAAAAUGUAAAAUAAAAGAAGAAAAAGGCAGAAAGGGGUGUAAUAAGGAGGGAGAGGAGACACAGACUCUAUAGCUAAUCCUUCCCGACUCUCUAAGAAACCAAAAAGAUGAAGCAAAUCGACGACGGCGAUGACGAGCAGCGAUCCCUCUCCCCUCUGCCGGAACAGGUCCUGGAGAACGUCCUGGAAAGCGUGCUCCACUUCCUCACCUCCCGUCGCGACCGCAACGCCGCCUCACUGGUCUGCAAGUCCUGGUACCGCGCCGAGGCCCUCACCCGCCCCGACCUCUUCAUCGGCAACUGCUACGCCGUUUCCCCCCGGCGCGCCACCGCCCGCUUCCCCCGCGUCCGGUCCCUGACCAUCAAGGGCAAGCCCCGCUUCGCCGACUUCGACCUCAUGCCCCUGAACUGGGGGGCCCACUUCACCCCCUGGGCCACCGCACUCUCCCAAUCUUACCCUUCCUCCCUCAACAAACUCCACCUCAAACGCAUGUCCCUCACCGACCACGACCUCAUCCUCCUCUCCCACUCCUUCCCCUCCUUCCAAGACCUCGUUCUCACGUGCUGCGAAGGCUUCGGCACCACCGGCCUCGCCGCCCUCACCUCCAACUGCAGAUUGCUGAGAGUGCUUGAACUAGUGGAAUGCGUGGUUGAGGUUGGCGACGAGGAAAUGGAUUGGAUAUCGUGUUUUCCGGAGAGUGAUGCUCAGACACAUUUGGAAUCUCUUGUUUUUGACUGCGUGGAGUGUCCCGUUAAUUUCGAUGCUUUGGAGAGGCUGGUGGCGCGGUCUCCCUUGUUGAGGAAGCUGAGGCUGAAUCGUUAUGUUUCGAUGUCUCAGCUGCACCGGUUGAUGCAUCGAGCGCCGCAGCUGACGCAUCUGGGAACUGGAUCCUUCAGUGCUUCGGAGCUGGAUCAGGAACUGGAUUUUGCGUCUGCCUUCGCCUCUUGUAAAUCGUUGGUUUGUUUGUCUGGGUUUAGGGAGUUUUGGGCGGAUUAUCUCCCUGCUAUUUAUCCAGCUUGUGCCAAUCUCAUAUCCUUGAAUUUCAGUUUUGCUGAUAUCAGUGCGGAUCAGCUCAAAUCGGUUAUACGGCACUGUCAUAAGCUACAGACCUUUUGGGUCCUAGAUACCAUAUGCGAUGAAGGGCUUCAAGCGGUGGCUGAGACUUGCAAGGAUUUGCGUGAGCUUCGGGUUUUCCCUGUCAAUACCAGGGAGGAGAUAGAAGGUCCCGUGUCUGAGGUGGGAUUUGAGGCGAUUUCUCGAGGUUGUAGGAAACUGCAGUCGAUUCUGUUUUUCUGCCAGAGGAUGACGAAUGCUGCUGUGGUGGCCAUGUCAAACAACUGCCCGGAUCUUGUGGUGUUUCGGUUGUGUAUAAUUGGGCAGUAUCGGCCGGACCCUGUGACACUAGAACCCAUGGAUGAGGGUUUUGGUGCCAUUGUUAUGAACUGCAAGAAGCUCACUCGGCUUGCUGUGUCUGGUUUGCUGACUGACCGGGCUUUUAGUUACAUUGGGACGUAUGGGAAGUUGAUUAGGACGCUGUCAGUUGCCUUUGCUGGAGACACUGACCUUGGACUCCAAUAUGUUCUACAAGGAUGUCCUAAUCUGCAGAAGCUUGAAAUCAGGGACAGUCCAUUUGGGGAUGGAGCUUUGCAUUCUGGCUUGCAUCACUUUUACAACAUGAGGUUCCUCUGGAUGUCCUCAUGUAAGUUGACGCGCCAAGCUUGCCAAGAAGUUGCGCAGACAUUGCCCCAUCUGGUGUUGGAAGUCAUUAAUAGUGAAGAGGACAAAGCUGAUGGUAUAGAGAUUCUGUACAUGUAUCGGUCUCUGGACGGGCCACGGGAUGAUGCUCCAAAAGUUGUUACCAUCCUUUGCUGAUUCUUUGAAACUUAACUAGUUUUUAGAUAAACCUGCCACAAGAUUGAUGAUUUGUACUGUCAAUGUCAGAAAAAGUUGAGCUAAGAACUCAGCUGUUUUUGGCCAACACUGUUGUGAUGGCAGGCCAUAGAGGACUAUAGAUUCUAUUAUGUGGCAAAGCAUUUCAAAUUCUGCAUUCUUGUUUAUGGGACAGAGCUUGGGGAAUAUCAACGGGAGAGGGUGUGCUGAGAAUGAUGCAGAUGAUAAAAAUUCCUGUAGGUAUCGGACCAUCCAAUGUUGUAUCACUAUAGCUAAAAUUUAUUAUGUCCUCUUUUUUAUUCAUUUUAUCAUGAAGAACUUCACUAUCAUAGUUGAGGAAGUUAGAGAUUGCUGAAGCUGCUUUGAGGAUUUGUUAAUAAGCAUUAUUUGUCUCCAACUUCACCGUACCAGUAGAAAAGGGAAAGCAUUCGCUUUUUGAAGGACUUAGUCUGUGUAUGCUGACUCAGAUGAUAGUUAGUUUAAGCUGUGGGUGGUGAGAACCCUAUCACCAGACUGAUAUAAGCGAAUAUGCGUCCCCCUUAUGUUUUCUCAGAUGUGUUUCUGUAGCUCCUGACUUUUGAAUUUUUUUUUUAGUUAGCAAUUGCUACAUGGUUAAUAAAUGCCAGAAUAUGCAUGGACCAUAUAAUUAACUUGCAUACUGGGGUUGUGUUUAUCCAUUUCAUUUUCUGAAUGUAGAAUGAUCAAUUGAGUGUGAAACUGAACGCCCGUUGAUUAUAUGUAUGAUAUUCUAUUUUAUUCACAA